AUGUCCUUCCAACCAACCCCCAGCGACAUCGCCGUCACAAUCACCACCCCUUCAACCGCCCCAACAACCGACGAACCGCGCCUCCUCUCCGAACGCCGCAUCACCCCAUCAUGGACCGUCCUCCAAACAAAGGGCAAGCUCGAGACCAUGACCGGCAUCCCACCGAGCAGCCAACGCCUCCUCCUCAAGACCCCCGGCCGGCCCGACCAGUGGCUCGACGCCGACGACACAAUCAUCGGCGACUGGGGACUGAUGAAGGGGAGUGAGCUCGUGGUCCACGAUACCCGUCCGCAAGCGGCGAGAGUCAACUUUAGUGACCUCUCUGCUGUGGAAAAGUAUGUUCUCCCAACGGAGACGUACGAGAGCCUCCCGAACUCGGUCCUUGCUUGGAAGAAGAAUCAGAAGCUGGGGCGGUUUGAUCCGAGUGCGCUUCCGCCUGUAGAGGCGAUGCUUGAGCAGGCUCAGAGAGAUGCGAAGGAGGUUGAGAAGAGAGAAAUAACCGUCUCAAAACGCGCCAUCAUUCUUCCCUCAUCACCACCGCACAUCCGACGAGGAACAGUCCGCUUCGUCGGGCCAGCCCCUACGAUCCCAUUUGCCGGCGUCGAUGCAGAAACAGUUGAUCCCUCCGGGCCUUUACCCAUUUGGGUCGGUAUUGAGCUCGAUGAGCCAACGGGGAAGAACGACGGAAGCGUCGGUGGAAAGCGAUACUUCACGUGUCCCAAUAAAACGGGUGUCUUUGUUAAGCCGGAGAAGGUCCAGGUAGGAGAUUUCCCGCCGCUCGGACUGGACGAUGAGUUGGAUGAGGAUAUGGAGGAAAUAUAG